GCUGGCCGGCGUGGGCGCCAGGCGCAAACUAGUCUAGAGUACGUACUUCGAGGGGGACGAGGUUUCGUGGCCACGGAUGGCUCUACGCUUGCCCUCGGCGCAUCCCGCCGAUGGCGACCGCGCUCCGGCCCCAUGCCCCAACUCGCGGCUCACGUCGGCCCUCGCGGGGCGCCAUGGGCCCGCGCCCGUCGCGGUUGAUCAACCGCAGCCACUUGUGCGGGUCGACGGCGGAGUGCGCCACCAGGUGUCGACCGCGCAGCGGGCGACCACAUGGCCACCGCUCAUGGGGAGCCAUCGGUGGAUGGGCAGGUGAGGGCGCGAGGCCGCUGACACCGGGCCCGGUGCGAAUCGCGGGAGCGGCCGGGACGGCCUCGCACCCUCCACGUCGCGGCGAUCGGGGCGAGGAUCGGACGCCGCUCGCGGCUUGCAGCCAUGACCACGCAAACUGCACGUGUACGAUACGGGGGGACGUGGGGAGCGGAAAAGAUCUCACCAGCGAGCGGCCACCUCGCGGGAUAGCUAGCUAGCUCGGUCGUCUUUAAAUACGCGCCCCGGCGAGGAGAAGCACACCACGCUGCCUCGCCGUCGUCCGUCGUCGAUCUCGUCUCUCCCGGCUGCAAGUCUAGAAGAGCGCGCGACGCAACCUCACCUCACCCUACGUGCGAGAGAGUGCUGAAGCUGGCGGAGAUGUGUGGCGCGACGGCAAGGUGCGCGCUGUGCGGCGCGCCGGCGGACGUGCACUGCGCGGCCGACGCGGCGUUCCUCUGCGCGCCCUGCGACGCCAGGGUCCACGGCGCCAACUUCCUCGCCUCCCGCCACCGCCGCACGCGCGUCUACGCGCACAAGGCUGCGACGGAGGAGGAGGAGGCCCUGUCCGGGAUGACCACGUCCAGCUCCUGCGUGUCCACCGCCGACUCCGCCACAACGGCGACGACGGCGGCGCCGCUGGGGCGGAGGCCCAAGAUCAGGAGCAGCCCCCGCGCGCGGGGUGAGGAGGUGCUCGAGGGGUGGGCCAAGAAGAUGGGCCUUCCGGCGGCGGUGGCGCGCAGGCGCGCCGCGGCGGCCGCGCGCACGCUCCGGGCCGUGGCCGCGGCGCCGAGGAGGGUGCCGCUGCGCGUCGCGAUGGCGGCCGCGCUGUGCCUGGAGGUGAUGGCGGCUCACGUCGGCAGCGCCCACGAGGCCGGCGACGCGCUACGGCGGCUGGAGGCGUGCGCGCACGUGCCGGCGAGGGUGCUCGUGGAGGUGGCUUCGUCCAUGGGCCGCGCGCGCGCCAGCAGACCGGCCGCCGCCGCCGUGGACGCCGAGGAGGGCUGGGGCGAGUGCCCGUGAGGCAACGCAGGAUCUUCUCCAACAACACAUGACCCGUGACUCAUGAGAAGGCGGCUAAUUAAGCUUUCUUGUUCGUUAAUUUGGUAGUAGUAGUAGUAGUAUAUUUCUAGAGAGUUGAGUAAAAGUUGAUCAAAUCUUGUUGUUAGUUAGAAGGAUAGUACUAGUAGUACGAUGUAAUCCAAAUGGAUGGUGUCAGCCAUGGCAGUAAAGUGGAUCACAUGUUGUUCAGUACUAA